CCUCCAUAGAUAUAAAUUUGAUCGAAAGUGGUUCUAAUAAUGUUGAUAAUGAUGAACAAAUGAUGGAUAUUGAAUCUAUUAACAUAGAGAGAAAAAAUAGCAAUGAUUUUAGUAAGUAUUUGAAUCAUUAA